AUCACCAACUGCCGUUUCUGCGGCUGAUGUCGCAGCUGGGUUACCAGCUAGCCUCUCUGGCUCUCCCUGGUCUCUCUCUUUCUCGCUCUCUGAGGGUCUCACUCGCUCAAUAAUUCUUUCCCCUGUCGCCUGUCACUCUGCAACACUCUGAAACCUCGCUCAUCUCAUGGGGUUUAUCUUUUGUUCUCCCCCAAUUUAAGCAACCGACUUCCUUCACUCUCUGCUUCAAAACCCCAUAAGUCUCUGUUUUAUUGAUGAAGUUCUUCUCUGCUGGUGACUUUAAGUCCUCAUCAGAAGUCCAUGGAAGUUGAAGAAACAAAAUCUCCACCAGGCUACGGCAAACCUCCAUGGAUAUUCAGAGGCAGUGCCCUGUACCAACUCCACCUUGUGAAGGCAGAAACUGCAAGAGCAUUAAUCCCAAAAGAGUUCAGAUUGGUCGAAGCUUUUGGAUACACUCUUGGGGGCUUCUUCCUGGCCAGCUACGACCACAGCCCAACUGGGAUGUUUGAUGAGCUAGUGGUGAUCGCAGGAAUUGUAUGGAACCAACCAACUUCUUGCGCAUGGGCUGCAAGGGUGCUGGUGAAUAGCGAUGAGGCAUGUGUCCAUGGAAGAAAGGCUGUGGGACUUCCUAGUCAUGUUGCCAAGUUUUCCAAGACGAUCAAAGCAACCCCAAGGCACUCAAAAAGAAAUAGCAUGAAUGCUUUUCUGGACAUGGUUGGUUGGGGUCCUGCUUUGGAACAUAGGGAUGUUCAAGUGAUUGAAAUUAAUGGUCCUGCUGCUAUCGAUAUCUGCACUAUAAACUACACAACGGCUGCUUCUGCAGUGAAAUUCAACAAAGGGACGGGGCCAGUUAUCAAAAUGUCACUCCCAAGCUUUAGUGGCCACACAAAGUAUAAUCCCAACCUUCUCAAGUAUUCUUGCAAGAUGGAGUGCAGGGUGCGAGCAGUGAAGCCAGUUAAAGUAUCAGGGCCAUCUCCUGCACCAAAGAAUGACAAAGACCGAUCUUCCGAUCACGGAAGUUUAAAUUCGACAGGAUCUACAACUGGAGAUAAUGUCGAAAUUGCAAGAAAUCUCAGCAUUUCUGUAAUGUUAUCGAAACCAAUACUAGCUUUGGAGUUCAGUUGCCUUAAAAUGCAAGUCGAAGCUCCCAUCAUAGUUUCCCACUGCUCUAAGAACUCCUAAAGAGAGGAGGUUCUUGUCAUCUUGAUCACAGCUGCAUCAUUGAUAGUUGAGCUUUUGCAUAUAUCCUUCCGGCAUUAUUAUUCUUUGCUAGUGAUUCAAUAAAUUGCUUAGACGACCUCUUCUUGACAAACUUUAAGGCUGAAGUAUGCAUUUUGAGCUAUACUUUAAAAAGUCACAAAAGUAUUCAGAAA